UUCCAGCACGUUCGUGCACUGACCGUAGAUGAUGUGUUACCUUCAAAUUCAAAAAAUGAUCUCAAAAAUGCGUUCAAACUAGCCAAGCAGUAUCUCAAAAGCAGAGGUUUGACGAAGGGUUCUGAUGCUCCACUCUACUCCGCCAAGUCCACCUCCAAAGAGUCCGGGUCGAAAGAAACAAAUGCUUCUAACGAAACAAAGAAGUUAUCUCAUGAGAAAACGUUGGGAGAGGUUCUUAGAAAGGAAUUUCUCCAAGAAGAACUUUCCGAGGUUGAUGUAAACCCACCAGCAGCUGUUGCAUCUCAGGAAAAUCCGAAUAUUGAAAUAGAGGUCAAUCCGCUUUGUGCUGAAGAAAAAUUGGAAAUGGAAAAGAAGCAAAACGAGGAGAGUGUUGUCAAUAUCAUUCCUCCACCAAAGGAAGAAAUUGUUGUCGAAGUUCCCGUACCGAAGGCGACUGUCAAGCGAAAAGCUUCUGCUUCGUCGGACUCGCUCAAUCUGGCCAAACGUCAACCUGUCACCCAUUCUCCUCCGAGGCCUUCCGCAUUUGCAGCAGAUUCAACGACGCAUUCAGACACGUCACCAUCCCCAGAUCUCCUAGCUCCUACUAUAUUCCGCGAGGCAAUAGCUAUUCUUGAGCGCGUUUGGACAACUAGUCUGGUACAGAGUUACGUAACGCCUCCACGUUCAAGCUUGCGAUUUGAAAUGCAUACAGGAGGCUUACUUUCAGACCACGAGACGGAUAGUUUGUUUGAUUUGAUCUUUACUUGGGUACGAGAUCGCGAACAUGAUGCCUAUUUCCUGCCCGGCGUUCAUCUAGUCUUUGAAGUGCUCAUGCCAGAAGUCAUUAUCCAAUCGCUUGUUUUGGUCUGUUGUGCUCCUUACUUUUUUGUGAUAGUAUUCAUAGAUUUGAUGCUGGUGCUCUAG